CAAUACCACGAUUUCAAAACAUGGUACAGAUUAUUGUUAAUAUAAAAAUUUAAUUAUUCCCAAAAAAACAAAUUUUAUUAUAUAUGAAGUAGUUAUAAUUUCAGAAACGUAUUACAUUUAUUCUACAAUACUAAAAAUUUCGUAAAACGCAUAAUGGCUAACUCGUCAGAGAGUACCAUCGAUUCCAAUGUGUGUUCUGAGAAGCCUGAAGACAUCAAAACUGUUCAAUUAUUAGCCAAAGGACUCUUAGAACUGUAUGAACCGCCACUUGUGACCAUUAACACUCAUUUGAAAGAAUUAACGGAUAAACAAGAUGCAGUCCACAACAUGCUGUUGUCAGAGAGACGAAGGCUGGAAGAUCUUCAAAAUGAUGCAACUUUAGACGCUUUAUUGGCAGAUGUAGCAACAAGCAAAGAAAAGCUUAAUUCAAUAUCAAAUGCAAUGAUUACCUUACAUAGGAGAGUGCACUCCUUACAAGCCCGGGCUGCAAAUGUGGAGAAAGUAGCGAAGAGCAGAGCUAUCCAAAGUCCAUCAAAAAGUAGUUAACAUACUGGAAUGUGCAUGUUGAACAAUAAUUUUUGAUCCAAAGUGUAUAGAAGCUUUAUGUAUGUUUAUUGAAUUUUUCUGUUAGAUCAUUUAUUUUUAGUUAGCUAGUUCUAUUCUCAUUUUAAUUGCAAAGAAGAAUAAUUAUUUAUAAGAAUUUUAUGAGGUAUUCACUAUAUAUGUUGUAUAGGGUUAAUAAUAUUUGUUAAAUUGAAAAACACCAACAUUUUUAAAUUUUUAUUAAACUUAAUAAAAUAUAAAUUUCCUUAUUGUGAUAAAACUGUGCAUUCCAUUAAAUUGUGUAAUAAAAUAGUUAUUGUCUAUGAGAUAUAGUUCCUAAGGCUAAUGUUACGUUGUCACUAAGACUAGUAUUAAGUAUGUAACCAUUAGAUUGUAAAUGGCAGUUGGUUAAAUAAAUUACUAUAAAGCAUU